AUGCCUCACAAAGUCAAUGAUUCAAAUUCCACCCUAGCUAGCAGUGCUAGCAGUACUAGUGGCGAUAGAGUGGUUGUCGCAGACCUCCGAGGGUCGAAUUCUGUCCCUCGCCGAACCCAACCCGCGGUAAUCAUCCACAACCAGGGUGGACAAAUCUAUGACGAGACACGACCCUCUGAUUGGGACAAGCAGCGAUGGAAGUAA